AUGCAGUUUUUGACUGCGGUGAGCCCACAGUCGUUCUAUACUCCAAGCUGGAAGACUGAGGCCAAGUAUUCAACCAGAGUGCUCACUGGAAACUGGGUGGAAGAGAGGAGGAAGUUCACCAAAGCCACAGAGAAAACCCCCCAGUGCAUUCACAGGAAAGACUACGUCCCCUUCCCCGGCCACAGACCGGACCAGAUCUCCAGGUGGUAUGGGAAGAGGAGAAUUGAGGGGCUCCCGUACAAACACCUGAUCACUCACCACCAGGAGUCUGCGCAUCGCCACCUCAUCAGCACGUACGACGACCACUACAACCGGCACGAUUAUAACCCAGGCCUGCCCCCGUGCCGCACCUGGAGUGGACACAAGUUGCAGUGGCUCCCAGAGAAAGCCGACUUCCCCCUUCUGGCUCCCCCUACAAACUAUGGCCUCUACGAGCAGCUGAAGCAGAGAUGGCUCGCAGGCAAGGCUGGCCUGAGAGAGAGCGUUUACACUUCGUCCUACCCCAGACCACCGCUGUGCGCUCUGUCCCCGCGGGAGCACGCCAUCCCCGUCCCUCCCCCUCGCUUGCAACCUGUCCCGCACUUCUGA